AGGAAAAGAUAUUUUAGGACUGUGCACUGCAGCAGUGAGGACCUUGCCUGUGGCUUGGCAUUGCAGCGUAAGCUCAGUGUUGGAUUAUGGAGAGGAACUUGACAUACCAGCUGGGCAGAGGCGGCUCUGAGGACAUGUCGGUGGAUUACACAUUGCCAACAUCUAACUCCCCUGCAGCCUAUGAAUCCGCCUUCUACUACCCAGACCUGGGCAUCAUCUGUAAUGCUGAAAAUAUUCCAGCAUUUUCAUCUACCUUUUUUCCAGUGCUGUACUCCCUACUGUUUGUGGUAGGCCUUGCGGGAAAUGCUUUGGUGAUUUGGGUUCUAACAGUUUUCAAGAAAAUCAAGACCAUGACUGACGUGUAUCUGCUGAACCUCGCCAUCUCUGACCUUCUCUUUGUUUUCUCCCUCCCAUUCUUGGUUCGGUACUCCAUUAUGAGUCAAUGGACUUUUGGAAAUGCUAUGUGUAAGAUCAUCAGCUCAGCCUAUUUCAUUGGUUUCUACAGCAGCGUCUUCUUCAUAACCAUCAUGAGCAUUGACAGGUACUUGGCCAUAGUCCAGUCUGUCUAUGCUCUGAAGAUUCGAACAGCUGCCCAUGGGGCUAUCACCAGCCUGGUCCUUUGGGUAAUUGCCAUUUUAGCGUCAAUGCCAGACUUAAUUUUUUACCAGGAAGUAAAUGACAAUAACCAGAUUAAAUGCAUCCCUCACUAUCCUGGUGGCAACAAUGGCUGGAAGACUUUCAGUAAUUUUGAAGUCAACAUCCUGGGGUGGUUGAUCCCCGUUGGUGUCCUCAUUUUCUGCUACCACAGCAUCUUGAAAAAUCUGCAGAAGUGCCAUACCCAGAACAAGUACAAAGCAAUAAAACUGGUUUUUAUUGUUGUAAUUGUGUUCUUCCUCUUCUGGACUCCCAUCAACAUUGUGCUUUUUUUGGACUCUCUAAGGAACAUGUACAUCAUUGAUGACUGCCAGACAAGCCAAAGGCUAGACCUAGCUGUGGAGCUGGCUGAGGCUCUCUCCUUUGUCCACUGCUGCCUCAACCCAGUUAUCUAUGCCUUUGUGGGUGAGAAGUUCAAGAAGCAUCUCUGUGAAGCUUUCAGAAAAUCUCCAUGUUUUCUCUUGAUCUGCAAAGACUACAGAGCUUUCAGUGGACGCAGCCUGGACAAGAACUCCUCUCUGCACACAAGGUCCUCACAGUCGUCUUCUGUUGGUACAGUCUUGUAGAACUACAAGUCAAAAACUAUCAUCCUGGACAGGUGUCCUAAAGCUGGGAAAUCCUCCCAGAAGGGAAUCCACAGAGAUGGACUACUUGUGAAACAUUUUAUGACAGAAAAAGUGGAAACAGCUGCUUGAUUUUGC